CGAGCCCGCCCCCACUUCACCAUAGAGAUGACAGCGUGGGCCGCGGAGCCUGCUGGGAAGGAAGCGGCGGCGUGCGUGGGGGCGUGCAGAGAGCCUCAGCCGGCGGCUGGUGGCAGCGGCUGCUCCUUGAGAGCCUGUGAACCGCCACCAUGUCGGGAGGAGGCAGCGCCGGGGAGUGGUGCCUGAUGGAGAGCGACCCGGGCGUCUUCACUGAGCUCAUCAAGGGCUUUGGUUGCAGGGGAGCACAAGUUGAAGAAAUAUGGAGUCUGGAGCCAGAGAACUUUGAAAAAUUAAAACCGGUUCAUGGGCUGAUCUUCCUCUUCAAGUGGCAGCCAGGAGAAGAGCCAGCAGGCUCUGUUGUUCAGGAUUCCAGACUAGACACACUAUUUUUUGCUAAACAGGUAAUAAACAAUGCUUGUGCUACUCAAGCCAUAGUAAGUGUGCUAUUAAACUGUAUUCAUCAAGAUAUCCAUCUAGGAGAGACACUAGCAGAAUUUAAAGAAUUUUCACAAAGUUUUGAUGCUGCGAUGAAAGGUUUGGCACUAAGCAACUCUGAAGUGAUUCGGCAGGUUCACAACAGUUUUGCCAGACAACAAAUGUUUGAGUUUGAUGCAAAGUCAUCAGCAAAAGAAGAAGAUGCAUUUCACUUUGUAAGCUAUGUUCCUGUUAAUGGAAGGCUAUAUGAACUAGAUGGACUAAGGGAAGGACCAAUUGAUUUAGGUGCCUGUAAUCAAGAUGAUUGGAUCAGUGCUGUCAGGCCUGUCAUAGAGAAACGAAUACAAAAAUACAGCGAAGGGGAGAUAAGAUUUAACCUUAUGGCCAUUGUGUCUGACAGAAAAAUGAUAUAUGAGCAGAAGAUAGUAGAAUUACAGCAGCAACUUUCAGAGGAAGAGCCAAUGGAUACAGACCAGAGUGGUAAUAUGUUAAGUUCUAUUCAGUCGGAAGUUGCAAAAUAUCAGAUGUUAAUUGAAGAAGAGAACCAAAAACUAAAAAGAUACAAGAUUGAAAAUAUUAGAAGAAAACAUAACUACCUGCCUUUCAUCAUGGAAUUGUUAAAAACUUUAGCGGAACACCAACAGUUAAUACCACUGGUAGAGAAGGCAAAAGAAAAACAGAAUGCCAAGAAAGCUCAGGAGGCCAAGUGAAGAUAAUUUUGGAGGAAAAAUAUAUACAAUAAUGUGCUUCUGACCUUGUUUUCAUGAAACAAGCCUACAAGACUUUUCCAUAAACUUUAAAUUUGUCCAGCGCACGUUUGACAAUUGUAACAGUUUGUCUUGUAUCGUAUGUACGGGUCUAUAAAUCUCCUCCCCUUGCAUCAUGUGCAUGUAGUAUCUACUAAGUAAUGUUUAGAGUCUCUUGAUCAAAUUCCAUUAUUUAACAGUUGUAUCUGAUCAAUUCCUCAUAGCUUAUUGGGAAGUAGAACUGCCAUUGUUGUAGAUCUGAAAAUGUGCAACUAAUGUACCCAUAUAUUUUAAUCUCUUCCUAAUGAAAAUAUUUACACCUUAUCCCACGUUAAGGGACUUGGAUUUCUAAUGAUGCAGAGAAUGUCAGAAUUUUAAAAUAACGGUUGGGCUUUCUCUGUUCAUCACCAUUAACAGUUAUUAUAGUCUCUGACUCUCUUCACCAACUUCCCCCAUGUCUUUGUUUUUAUGAACUUUGACUAAUUUUUUACAGAAUUGAAAAGUAUGAAUUUAGCUGUAAACCACUUGCAAAGACCAAUGUGUAAUCUCAAAAGAUCUGCAUUGCUUUAGUAGAAAAGAUAAUAAAUAUUCCCAUUUUUAUUUUGGCAAA